UCCUGGUUACAAAACAAGUAUAUACCAUCUUUAUUUACGUUUUGUCACUUGGGCGGGGAUAGUUAUUUUAUGGUUGGUAGACGCUGGACCGGAUUUCCUUUUCACGUUGCAAGAUGGCUGAUGAAGCUACUAGGAAAGCGGUGUCAGAGAUACCGCUUUUGAAAACCAACUCCGGUCCGAGAGACAAAGAGCUGUGGGUGCAGAGGUUGAGAGAGGAAUACUUAGCUCUUAUUAAAUAUGUCGAGAACAACAAGUCCGCUGAUAAUGACUGGUUCCGUCUAGAGUCCAACAAGGAGGGCACCAGGUGGUUUGGAAAAUGUUGGUACAUUCAUGACCUGCUGAAGUAUGAGUUUGACAUGGAAUUUGAUCUCCUGUCCCAUAUCCAGAUCCCAGUCACAUAUCCGGCAACAGCCCCUGAAGUGGCCAUCCCAGAAUUGGAUGGCAAGACAGCCAAGAUGUAUAGGGGAGGGAAGAUUUGUCUUACUGACCACUUCAAGCCCCUGUGGGCCAGGAAUGUGCCGAAGUUCGGGCUGGCUCAUCUGAUGGCUCUUGGGCUGGGGCCCUGGUUGGCUGUUGAGAUACCUGACCUGAUUGCGAAGGGACUUAUUCAACACAAGGAGCAACAGAACAGCAGCUGAGGCUCAUGGGAAAUUGCCUUCACCGGUAGUGAGCAGGCGAGGGAGAGACUGAUCAUCAUACCUUAGCUUCCCCCUGGCUGUAGACCUUCCCCUCUGAUACGAAGCCCUCCUCACCCCAACCUUUUCAUAUUCAGUCAAAGGAUUUAACACUGAGCAUGAGGGAAGACAAGGAAUCUCAAUAACAAACUGAUCUUAACAUUUCUUUCCUGGGAAGCUACUACGUCAUAUAUGUGUAUAUGUAUAUAUAUAUAUAUAUAUAUAUAUAUAUAUAUAUAUAUCACUUCCAUUACCAUACAGUAAAUUCUAUAUGGUUUGGGACCAGUAUAACAUGACACACGAGGAAAGUAAGUUAUCGCUCCCUUAAUGGUCACCAUACUGCCCCACAGUUUAGAAAUGGUAGAAUGUGUCACCCAGUGUCUUGUAUAGCUCAUUCUUUUAACCCAUUAACGGAGAACUUCAUGGGAACAUGGUUUGUUUGCUACAUGGCGCGGAUCAUGAAAAUCAUCAUGCAACUGUCUGCCCUGUUACAAGAAACUAAAGCUUCAUUGGCCUUCCUUCGAAGUUAUCACUGUAUUGCAACGUAAGGGAAUGAAACUAUUUUUGAUGUUGAGGAGAAAUAUAAAAAAUGCUGAACUGUUGUGAGAUGUGGAUGUCUCAUUAGUGCUCAUUCACACAGUGUGAAGGGAGUUCAUUCACACAGUCCAGUGGAAAGCUAGAGCUGUGGUUUAGUUAAGUUUAGUUUAGUUUGAGGAAAAAGUUAAAACAGAACUGUAAAAUGCAGUGUCUUUCCUGAGGAUAACACAUUAAAGUAUUAAAAAUA